AUGAACAAGGCCCGGAUUUCGAUUCCGAAGCCCCCUAUCCGAAUGAUUCCCAAUUACGACUCGGAGGUAUCUCAUACCUUUAAGCGUUCCAACGGAUAUAUCAAGUACAUUCCGCCGACGGUCGAGGAGGAGAAGAACAAAGUGGAAUACAACCUUGAUUCUCACGAUGAACUGUGGUUACGGAGACACAAACUCUACGGUGAAAAGGCGCCGGAAUCCAAGAAGCUUUCGCUGGACCUGUUCGAGCGAAUGCUCGAUUGUGCAGACAAGUAUGCAGGCGAGUACAAGGCGGAGCCGACUGUCGACAUUCUGGAAUCAUUGUUUCUCCAGAAGCUUCAGUUCAGUAGAGUGGAUUCUCACGAAGUUUGCAAACACAUCCUGGACUAUUGGAAACGAAAGCGGAAAGAACUGGGCAAGCCGCUGCUUCGGCGUUACUGGCCGCUCACCAACGUCAACGAUCCAAACCCCAAUUUGGUGUUUCGUCCUCGCUGCAAGGACGAGCACUACCGAUUACGAAAGAAGAACAAGCCGAACGAAGAGAUUUUGGAGCGUCUGAUCGAACUGAAAGCGAACCUCGAGCACGGUCGCGAGCUCUGCGAAUUGACGCACUCGCGCGAGCAGCUCAAGCUCAAGAAGCUGAUGUACAUCUACGAGACCGUUGUGGAAGUGCACUAUCUGAAGAUGAACCACUCGGGUCGUCGUCCGCUCACCUACAACCUGAAAGACAUGUUCGUCUACGAGGGCCGCACGAGCUCCAUUCUCUCCACCACGUCCUCGGCGAACGCGUACAGCACGUUCAACCCCAUGAUCAGCCACUCCUUCGGCGAGAACUACUUCGGAGGCGUCGGGAUGAUGGACGAGCCCGACGAGCUCGCCUCGCUCAGCUCCACUGCGCAGCCCCGCCUCUCUCCGGACGAGCUGCAGUACCUCCAGCUGCUCUCUGCCUUGCAGCAGGACACGCGCGAGGAGCCUUCCUACGAGACGCCCGCGCUGAUUGUGAACCGCGCGGGCUCGACGGAGACGUCGGGGACGAACUGGCUGUUGCCGGUGGCGGCGAAGGACAACUACGAGCAUUUCUACACGAGCACGCUCAACACGCAUUCCUUCCUCGCCUUCCCCACGUCGCAGCCCCUGCAAACGCGUCUACGAGGCCGCGUAGGGCGUGGCCAACGCAUUCUGCUGGAUCGCGUGCGCGAGCCCAAGCCGCUCUACGGAGAUGCGUCCCACGAAAUCUACCGGUCCUCUCUGCCCGUAGCGGCGGUGCGGAAGCACUUCGCGGCUCGGAGGAGGGAGGAAGGGGCGGCGGCGAGCGCGGUGCAGGGAGUGGCGCUGCCUGGGAUCGCGCUGCCUUCGCAGAACGUGGCGUAUGGGGGACUGGCUCCGUUUGGUCGAUUCAAUCCGAGCUGUGCGACGGGGGUGAAGAGGUCGUACCAGGAAGUGAUGCAGAACGAGGAUGUGGAGCUGUAUGUUAACUUGGAGGAGAAUUUGAAGUUUAACUUGGCGAACGAAAUGAGUGUUCGGGUGGAGCCGGUAAAGCGGAUGAUUCUGAACCGUAAUACUGCCAACGAUCAAAUUCAGUUCAUUUUAUAG